CCUUUAACAAAACUUGGAGAUGCAAUCAACCAGAGCUUGUUUAUUGUUUGUAAGUGCUAGGCGCUACCCCUGGUUGGGGAACUGAAACUAGAUGAAUAAGCGAUGAUUUUUUGUCCAAACUGGGCUUUAGAACAGAAUUUCUCAUACCUAAGAACAUCCAAACGUUUUAAGAUCCUUUAUCAUCAUCCAUUAUUAUUUUAGUUAGUUGCUUGCUUAUCCCUUGUACUGUCUAUGCAUACUCUGUCAGAGUUCUUAUGUGUAAAUAUUGGUAGAAGUAAUUAAAUGUUAUUUAUUUCUCUACUACUGUAAGCCUAGGUGUAGUGCUGGGAAAAGAAAUGGGAGAGAAGGAAUGUCUUGUGUACUGUGUUUUUCUCUUGAAGGGGCAUAGGACAGGACUUCACAAAGGCUGUUAUUCCUGGUAUAUUUAGGUCUAAUGUUAACUGUUGCCAAUUUUAGGUCUAUAUAGGAGGUGUACAUGGUGAUCUGUGCGAGACUUAUGCAGUAGGCUCUGUGGACCCACAAGCACAAAAAUUAUUAGAAAGCUGUCGAAUGUGUUUAGACGCUGCUGUCAACAUCUGUAGCCCUGGUACAAGGUUUUCUUGGAUUGGUAAUACAAUAAGGUACGUGCUUUAUAUGCUGCAUAUUGCUUUAAUAGUCAUUUAAAGCAAAGAAGUGAAACACUUGUAUAAAUUAUAGACCCUUCAACGUUUUUUUCCUUCAACUAAUGACUUGGACUAUAGUUAGCGAAAAUCCAUCAAAAUGGCUGGAAAGAACCCCUUAAAAUCUGUAAAGCUGCCAAGUUUGAGAGUGAUUUGUUGUAAAGUAAUGAAGAGAUUUGUGUAGCUCUGCAAAGUUGCAGAAUUUUACAGUUGUUUGUAUGGUUGGGGCAGGUUUGUACCCCCACCACAUAAACCUCAUUUUGGAGCAAUAUCUUUGCUUGCCUUGGAUGCCAAGGCUUAGUAUUAUUUGUUAAUUUUAAGGCACUCUCUGCUGCAUUGUCAAUGGAUAAUUGCUAACUGGUUCCAGACAAACAAAAGUUGGAAAAAAACGUGAAAGGGUCUAUUAUGGUAAUAUGUACUCUGAAGGGUAGUGCUCUUUCCCCCCAGUGUUCAUAAUAAGAACUACCCAGUCCACCCACGUGAUGAUAAUUUGGCUAACCCAAGGUUCUUAAUUUUGCAGCUUCAUGGCUAAGAAAGAUGGAUUUAGAGUUUGCCCUUAUCUGGCAGGUCAUGGUGUGGGAUCAGUGUUUCAUGGACCACCUGAAAUCUUGCACACAGGUGUGGAUGUAAGACGAAACAAAAUGGUUAUAAAUGAUGGUUAUACUUCAGUACCAUAAAUCCUCCAUUAAGCCCCCUCUCUUUAACAAUCCCCUCCAUUAACCCCCCUUCCCUUCCUCAUUAUUUUCAAAGAACAAACUGUAUGAAUUAAUCACAACUGUAACACUUCAUGUGGACUGAUUUGGUAACUUUAUGGUUCAUUCAUGUGCUGUAAGUUCUGAUUUGUUCUUGAUCUUUGUUUGUGUGACCUCCAACCUCAUGUGACAGAGCUUUUCCACUUUGUGAACUAGUUUUUAAGGAGAACUGAUAUUAUCAUUUUUGCUAAUGUAAAUAAACCUCCCUCUCUAUUAACCCCCUCCCCCCAAAUGUGCUUGAAGUAAAUAAGGGGACUCAACAAAGGAUUUAUGAUUUUUUUUCCUUUACUUUGUAGUUAAUUUCAAUCCUGGAAAAAUGGAAGCAGGAAUGACAUUUACUAUAGGUGGGUGUUUUAAAACAAAGGUGCUGUUUAGUCCCAUGGUACUCUGCAUGCAUGGCAGGAAAUUCAAUGCCAGAUCCAGACCUUGAGUUAAGGGAGGGGGGCAGUCAUCCAGACCCUGAGAUAGGGGGGGGGGGCCUCCCUCAAAAAUUUUUUUCGCGGUUUAAGCCCCCGGUUGGGUUUAAAAAAAAAGGGGGGCUGGGGCCCCAGCCCCCUCCCCUGGGUCCCCCCCUGGAAUUCACUUCUAAACAGGGGCGGGCUAGGGUUUUUCCAAGGGGGGGGUCACACCAGGCUGGGAGAGCGUCGUGUAGGGGAGGAGGGGAGAUCCCGGGGGGGGGCCGGUCCUUUAAAAAAAAAAAAGUGAGAGAGGAGUGGGGGGAGUUAGAAACACAGUGUGCUCGGGUGCCCCGACGUUGUGGCACAGAAGGGGAGGGAUACCAAGGCAAAGGCAGAGCCGUGGGGGGGGGGGGGGGGCGAGGCAGCGGGACCGGGGGAGGGGGGGGGGGGGGUCAUCUCUCAAAAAUUUUUUUCGCGUUUCAGGCCUCAGUUUGGUUUACAAAAUAAGGGGGGCCUGGGCCCCCAGACCCCUCCCCUGGAUCCUCCACUGAAAUUCAUCUCUAACAGGGGCUGAGCUAGGAUUUUUCAAAGGAGAGGGUCACACUGUGUCACACCCAGAGUAUAUACUGGAUUGGCAAGUCGACAUCGAGACCAUGUUUUACUAAAAGUGACAUUCUUUUUGUGAAUGAGCAGUGAGUGUUGGGGGUGGGACAAGCCUACAAGAUUAAUAAUUUACGCUAUGUGGAACUUAAUUACCAGAAACUCAUAAGGGGUGUUUCAACCCCUUAUGAGUUUCUGGUUCCACGUAGCAUAAAUUACUUUAUUUUAGUUAUGAACAAGAACAUGGUCCACUGCAACUGUUAGGUCCUGCAAGUGGAUUAAGUAACUAUCUUGCACUGGAAAAUAUUUAUUGCAUGUUGAUUCUUCAGAUUCGUACAUUUUGGCCAUCUGAAUUAUCAGGACAUAAAGCAAUUAUCUCAGAAAUGGGAGGGGGGGUCAUAAGCACCCCAGGAUCACCCCCUAGCUACGCCCCUGACAAAGACCAUGGUGACAAACAAGUGAAGACUGCAAGUUCAGUUCAAUACAAAUCUUGAAAUGUGUAGUCAAAAUAUGGCGUUUUUACCAUGUUUAUUUUUUAUAUUUCAGAGCCUGUUCUUUGCGAAGGAUCACCCACAAUAAAAAUUCUUGAAGAUGGCUGGACUGUUAUCACUGAAGAUGGCAAAAGGUAUCACCUGUACAUGCUUCUCCUCCAAAUUUGAUUUGAUGGUGUUAUAUGAUGUAAAUUGAAAUAAGGUCAAGAGCUUGGAGCUGAAGGUCAUGGUUGCUCUGCACCUUAAGCUAUGUCAUAACAAACUUUCUUUUUACAAUAAUUAAUUGUUAGUAGAGGUUCAACUGUUUUGAGAUUAAAGCUGUGUCAUUUUUUAAUAUUUCUUCUUUAGGACAGCACAGUUUGAACACACAUUGCUAAUAACAGAUACAGGUGUUGAGGUGCUUACAGCAGACACCGAAGAUUGA